GUUCUCCAGUGAGCUUUCGCAGGUGCAUAGAGCAAGAGACUGCCAGCGCAACAAACUGUGCACUCCUCAACAUGGCGAAAAGCAGGCUACAAGUGGCGUUGGCCAACGAGAAGGGUAUUGAUUUCAAGAAAUUGGCCCUGAAAAAGAAACAAAAGCAGGCAUUGAAGCGGAAAGAAAACGCCGGAAAGGGUGGGGCGAAGACCAAGAAGCACGAGGAAGCUGAUGCUGACGAUGAUGACGGCGACGACUGGGAGGGUGUUGAGGACGAGGACGAAGAGGAGGACGAGGAUCGUAAUGGGCUGAUUGAUGAUGCCGCAGAAGAAGUCGAGGACGAGGACGAGGACGCAGAGAGCGAUGAUGAAGAAGACGAUGGAAUUGGCGGAGGGGUCAAUCUCUCUGCGAUGGAUGGCGACGACAGCUCGAGCGAGUCCGAGAUCGAGAUGGAGGAUAGAAUCUAUCUGCCAAAGCCAACCUCCUUCCCGCCGACAAAGCUAUCAAAAAAGGCCGCCAAAGAAUUGAUGGCGGAGAAGAUAAAGAAAGCCGGUAAAGAAGAGGCGGGAGGGGACGAUAAAGACCCAGAAAAUGAAUCAUCAGAGGAUGAGGAGGACGACGACGAGGAGGAAGACAUUGAUCUCGAAGACCUCGAGGAUCUCGACCCUGAGGACAAAGAGGACCUCGUUCCGCACACCCGUGUAACAAUCAACAACCACACCGCUCUCCUAGCCUCUCUCAGCCGUAUCGCCCUUCCGACGGAUUCGUCCGUCGCAUUCGCAACGCACCAGUCCGUCGUCUCGAGCAAGCCGACCGCCGAAUCCAUCCCCGACAUCCAAGACGAUCUCCAGCGGGAGCUGGCCUUCUACUCGCAGAGCCUCGAGGCGGCCAAGAAGGGCCGCUCCCUGCUCCUCAAGGAGGGCGUGCCAUUCAGCCGGCCCACCGACUACUUUGCCGAGAUGGUCAAGAGUGACACCCAGAUGGAGAAGGUCAAGUCCAAGCUGGUCGAGGAGGCAACCUCCAAGAAGGCCGCCGCCGAGGCACGCAAGCAGCGCGACCUCAAGAAGUUCGGCAAGCAGGUCCAGGUCGCCAAGGAGCAGGAGCGGGCCAAGCAGAAGAGGGAGACUCUCGAGAAGAUCAAGACGCUGAAGAGGAGUGAGUUCCCCUGAUCACUCCCCCUUCCUCUCCCCUUCCUUUCACUUGCCCAUCUAUCUAUCUAUCAAUCCAUCCACGGAACUAACAACCCCCCCUCCAGAGCGACAAGAUGGCUCAGCCUCCGCCCUCGGCGCAACAGAGGUAGACGACCUCUUCGACGUAGCCGUCGACAGCGAGCUCAACCGCCACGACC